AUGCGCACCUUGGAGUUCUUGUCGAUGUCGAGAAAUAACCUUACGGGAAGCUUCCCACAGUUCAUCAGCAACUGCACCGAUCUGGUGCGUCCUGACUUGUCGCACAAUGCUUUCAAUGGCACAAUACCAGAAAUGCUAGUGGAGAUGGCCCCGAAUUUGAUGUAUCUGAACUUGACAUGGAAUAGCUUUUCUAGGACAAUACCAAGAUCUCUUGUCCACCUGAAAAGGCUCCAAGAGUUACAGCUUGCAUCAAAUAAGCUCACUGGUGGCAUCCCAGAUAUGCUCACAACAAUGUCUGGGUUGCGAGUCCGUCGGCUGGGCAACAACUUCCUCACUGGGUCGAUUCCAAUGAGCAUUGGACCAAUUCCUCCAUCGAUUGGGGACAUGAAGCUUCUACAGAUUAUGCGUUUAUCUCAGAACAACCUCACUGGCAUGAUACCACCAGAAAUUAGCCAUAUGGCAGCGUUGCAAGCUCUCUAUCUCGAAGAGAACCAGUUGGAGGGUAAAAUACCAAUGGAAAUUGGCAAUUUGACUGCACUACAAGAACUCGAUCUGAGGAACAAUCACUUAGAAGGCAUGCUACCACCCUGCAUCCGUAAUUGCUUCAAACUCUGCGCUCUCAGGCUGGCGCAAAACAACUUCUCCGGAAAUAUAUCACAGGUUCUUGGAGUCCAUCCCGAGCUAACUGUUCUUGAUUUCUCUGAGAAUCAAUGGAGUGGAAUAUUACCAGCAGCUUUCUGUUCGUUUAGUUCUCUACAAAUCCUUGACUUAUCCGAUAAUAAUCUGUUUGGAGAACUCCCUAAUUGUUGGUGGGACCUCAAAAGCCUCCAAUAUAUGGGUUUGUCAAGAAACAGAUUUUCAGGGAAUCUUCCAGAUACCAGGAACCAUACUUCGCUCAAAUCACUGCACUUGGCAAACAACCUUUUCUCUGGGGGUUUUCCAUCUGCCUUGAAGAAAUUUGGACGGUUGGUUACACUUGAUCUGGGAGAGAAUAAGUACUAUGGCACAAUUCCUUCAUGGUUAGGUGUAAGAAAUCCUAUGCUACAGUUUCUCCGACUCCGAUCAAAUAUGUUUCGCGGUAAUAUUUCGUGCCAGUUAGCACAACUCUUCAAACUUCAGUUACUUGAUUUAGCUAAUAAUAAAAUUAUAGGUUCUAUACCAAGAGGGUUCGCUAACUUGACAUCCAUGAUGGAACCAAAAACAGAAAUAUUUAUGAUACUACCCGAAAAUAGUACCAAUUAUCCAUAUUUCGAUAGAAUUAGUGCAAAUUGGAAAGGGCAAGAUAAUGUCUUUCAAAGAACAGUCACACUGUUGACCGGCAUCGAUUUAUCAUGCAAUUUCCUUUCUGGUGGCAUCCCUAAGGGGUUGCCAAAUCUUCAAGGCCUCCUAUUGCUAAACUUAUCAAGAAAUCAUCUAUCUGGUGGUAUCCCUACAGAUAUUGGUAAUUUGAAGUUCGUUGAAUCCCUUGACUUCUCUUGGAACCAACUGUCAGGCUCCAUACCAUCCAGCUUCUCAAACCUGAUGUCUCUUAGUUCCCUAAAUCUCUCUCACAACCUUCUAUCUGGAAAGAUACCUACAGGCCACCAACUCCAAACAUUUGAAGACCCUUCAAUAUAUGACCAUAAUGCUGGUCUCUGUGGGUUUCCUUUGAGCAUAGCAUGUUCAGAUGAUCCAAGCCCUGUGCCAGCAUUCGACAAGCAGGACACUCAAUGGUUGCCAUAUUGGGAAAUUGGUGGUUUCAUCUUUGGAUUUUGGCUGUGCAUUGGAGUCUUAUUUUUCUCGGAGCGAUGCAGGACCAUGAUCUUUUACCAUGUGGAUAGGAUGCAAAUCAUGGUUAUGCAAAAGAUUGCAGCCUGA